GGCACGUGUGGGGAGGGGAUGUAGAGGGAGGCGGCACCAGCCGCUCCUGACACCAUGGACGAUGCCGCGGUCCUAAGGAAGAAGGGUUACAUCGUGGGAAUCAACCUGGGCAAGGGCUCCUAUGCAAAAGUCAAAUCUGCCUACUCUGAGCGCCUCAAGUUCAACGUGGCAGUCAAGAUCAUAGACCGCAAGAAAACACCCACGGACUUUGUGGAGAGAUUCCUUCCUAGGGAGAUGGACAUCCUGGCAACCGUCAACCACCGUUCCAUCAUUAAGACCUAUGAGAUCUUUGAGACCUCUGAUGGACGCAUCUACAUUGUCAUGGAGCUGGGUGUCCAGGGUGACCUCCUUGAGUUCAUCAAGUGCAGAGGAGCCCUGCAUGAGGAUGUAGCACGCAAGAUGUUCCGCCAGCUCUCCUCUGCCGUCAAGUAUUGCCACGAUCUGGAUGUUGUUCACCGAGACCUCAAGUGCGAGAACCUUCUGCUUGACAAGGACUUCAACAUCAAGCUGUCUGACUUCGGCUUCUCCAAGCGCUGCCUGCGGGACGGGAGCGGGCGCAUUGUCCUCAGCAAGACCUUCUGUGGGUCAGCAGCUUAUGCGGCCCCUGAGGUGCUGCAGGGCAUCCCCUACCAGCCCAAGGUAUAUGACAUCUGGAGCCUAGGUGUGAUCCUCUACAUCAUGGUCUGUGGCUCCAUGCCUUACGAUGAUUCUGACAUCAAAAAGAUGCUGCGCAUCCAGAAGGAGCACCGAGUGGACUUCCCACGCUCCAAGAACCUGACUGGUGAGUGCAAGGACCUCAUCUAUCGCAUCCUGCAGCCAGAUGUCAACCGGCGGCUGCACAUUGAUGAGAUCCUCAGCCACUCAUGGCUACAGCCUCCCAAGCCCAAAGCCAUGUCUUCUGCUUCCCUCAAGAGGGAGGGGGAGGGCAAGUAUCGAGCUGAUUGCAAGUUGGAUACUCGACCGGGCUCAAGACCCGAACACCGGCCUGACCACAAACUGGCAACCAAACCCCAGCACCGGAUGCUGGUAUCAUCCGAGAAUGAAGACAGGAUGGAGGAGAGGCUGGCUGAGACUUCCAGAGCUAAAGACCAUCACAUCUCUGGAGCUGAGGUGGGGAAAGCAAGUACCUAG